CUCAUGAUUGCAAGUGAAUCUAAUGGCCUUCCCCACAUGUUUCCUGGGGCCACAACCCUUGUGGCUUUAUGGAUCCACUUUGAGAAAAGCUAUAACUCAAAGCUUAUUCCUGCACUGUAUAUAAAUAGAUCAGCAGCAGAGUUGCAUUAGAAUAGCAGCAGCCACUUCUCAGUUCUCAGCCUAAACUACUCCACCAUUCUGUUGUUUUAUCAUCAUCAUCACCAUCACCACCACCAUCAUCAUCAUCAUCAUAAUCAUUGCUUCAUGGGUAUAUUGGGGCACAGAGUGAUUCUUCUUCUAUUCUGCAUUGGGAAUUUAGCUCUUCAGCCUGAGACGGCGUGUGGCCUGACAAGCAUUGAUCUUGCUCUGAGAUGGCGGCAUCCUGGGCACCAAAAUUCACGCUUCCUGAAGGGCGUGGCUGUAGAUGAGUUGCAGGGCACAUCGUUGAGCUUGGCGCCUGGACCUUCAGUGAUGUUUGAUCCUAAUCAGUCCAACAAAAGAACGGUUAAGAAAGGAUCAGAUCCCAUUCACAACAGGCAGUAGCCUGGUUUUCUGAACCAGGGAAGAGCACCAAAUAUUCUUUUCUUUGUUCUUUCUCAUUUCUCCUCCCCGAUGCCAGCAAAGGAAGUGACGUGACGGCUUGAAACUGUAGCUGAUGCAAAACAAAAAAAAUAUAUAUAUACAGACCAAGAUGAAGAAACUGCAAGUUACAGGCACCUCAUGAUUCCUCAAAGUUGAAGCCUCAAACAUGGUUUGCUGGAUUUUGAUAUAUUUUUCAUUUGUUUUAGAGGCAGCAUUUUGUCAAGAGAGAGUUGCAGCAGCCUAGGCUAGACCCAUAUCUCUAAGCCAGCAUCAUCUCUGUACUGUAUAGAACGAAUCAGGUCUUAAUCAACUUGUUGCCCCCCACCCCCAUACAUUCAAAGUGUAGAUGAUGCUCGCUCUCAUACACAAUCAAUAGAUAGUGCUUUC